CAACAAAGAGGGGUAGGUGAAGGUAAUGCACGAGGUACCGGAAUCUCCUUCUCCGAGCUCACCAAGUUCAAGGUACCGAAGCUCGGCUCAUCGUCGAACAGACAUCCCAUCCUACUUGUGCCACUGCGGUUCUGAUGCCGAUACCCCGAUAGACUGCGCCAGGUAGAGAGAGAUAAGAACUGACCCCCUCCCCCCCUGGCUCCGUUCAGGGCUGGAACUAGCUGAUCAACUCUUUCGUUUUCUAUCCAGACAUACAACCCAUACCACCCCAUCGUUGUCAAGUCCUUCUCGCCAAAAUGAAGACGGUUAUCAUCGCCACUCUCUUUGUUCUCGCUGCGGCUGCACCUGUGGCUACACGGAAUCAGCCAGGACAACGAGUCCAAGCUCGGGACGGCACUACCGAGUUCGACCCUGAUUUUGCCUUCAAGAUUAAGAAACGCGAUGGAACGACCGAGUUCGAUCCCGACUUUGCUUUUAAGAGGGCUGAGAGUGGGAGUGAGAAGCGCGACGGGACGACCGAGUUCGACCCAGACUUUGCUUUCAAGAAGGACAAGCGUGAUGGUACCACCGAGUUUGAUCCCGACUUCGCCUUCAAGGAGUAGAGAAGUAAGAGACUGGGUGUGGGGGCCAGGGGGUCCUUUACGAGAGUGAAGAGGACCGCGGGUAGGCUGUGACGUUAAGUAUGGGCAUGUACAUUUAUUUUGUACCUAUCGUACUUGAGUAACUUAGAUGCCAGCGGCUGUGAGUGUGAACUGCCAAGUGCAUGUGGCAGUGUCUUGUUCCCAUCUUGUCUCCUGGACGGAACCAGUGAAUCCCAAUGGAAUGACC